GAAAAUGGGCGAUAUUGAGAAGGGCAAGAAGAUCUUUGUCCAGAAAUGUUCCCAGUGCCAUACAGUUGAAAAGGGAGGCAAGCACAAGACUGGACCCAACCUGAAUGGCCUAUUUGGACGCAAGACUGGACAAGCUGCGGGCUUCUCUUACACGGAUGCUAAUAAGAAUAAAGGUAUCACCUGGGGUGAGGAUACUCUGAUGGAGUAUUUGGAAAAUCCAAAGAAGUAUAUCCCAGGAACAAAGAUGAUUUUUGCGGGUAUUAAGAAGAAGUCUGAGAGAGCAGACUUAAUAGCAUACCUCAAAGAUGCCACUGCAAAGUAAAGUUAUCUGCUGCCUUAUUUAUUUCACAAAGGAGAUGGAAAUGUCUGUGAUGAUUUUGGUUUUUAAACUUUCUAUUUUUACAUAUACAGCGUCUAACCUUAAAAAUCUGUCUCACCCAUCAUAUAACAUUGCUCAUGGUGGGUCACUGAAGUAUACACUUGUUUGGCAGCCAUUAACUUAUUGGAAACUAUGUAAUUGGGAUGAUUUAGGUGACUACAAUGUUCAGUCAUUCUUGAUCAUAGAAUUAAAAAAUAAAUCAACA